CAAAACUUUUCAUACGAUUUCCGCGAACUCUGUUCGACACGGAAGACGCCUUCCAAGAAAGGAAACACGGAUUGGCGGCUAUUAUACAGUCGAGGGUUAAGGGAAGGCAACAGCGAAAGCGUUUCUUAGAGAUGAAAAGUGCAGUCACUUUGUUGGCCAGCCAUUGGCGUAAAGUUCUUGCCAUUAAAUUGUUAGCCAAACGCCGAAUGGCCGCUCAUAUGGUCCGUACGUUCAUUAAGGGAUUCAUUACUCGCAAUGAACCUGAAAAUGAUUGCAAUCGAGCCUUUGUGAGGAGUGUAAGAGCAGAAUGGCUGAAACGAUUGUCCAAACAAUUGCCAAAAUCUGUGUUAAUCAAAGAGUGGCCGCAAUCACCAAAAUGUUGUCGUGAAACGUCAGAAUUGCUGAAAGGAUUGCAUCAGAGAUGGCUCGUCAGAAAAUAUGUGCGAAGUAUUACUCCGGAGAGGAAACGUCUAAUGGACGAGAAAGUUGUCGCCGAAGAGCUGUUCCGUAACAAGAAAGCCAGUUAUCCCUCAAACAACGAGUUGGAAACACUUCGCAGAAAUAUCUUCGAAACUAAGUUUAAACGAAGCGAUGAGAAGACCAUUUACUGUCUGCAAGUGAUUAAAUACGAUCGACACGGAUAUAAGCAAAGACCCAGAAUAUUAUUGCUGACCAAUAGUGCCAUUUAUUUGCUCAAUGAGAAGGACAUGAAACCCAAACAUCGCUUACCCUAUAAGAGCAUCGUUGAAGUGACGGCCAGUGAUCUAAGCGAUGGACUUUUGGUUAUCAAAAUUCCUGCCGAUUUAAAACAAGAUAAAGGUGAUUUAAUUCUUGAUUGUCGGACACAUUUGAUCGAAGCGGUGACCAAAAUCAUGAUAAUGACUAAAGAUCACGAGAAGCUCAAUAUUGUGAGCACUGGAAGUAUAAGUCAUGCGACUAUUGAUGGAAAAGUGAACCAAAUCUCGUUCACAAAGGGACACAUGAAUGGUAUCAUUAAACGAAAGGACGGCAUAUUAGAAGUGGUCUACAUCGGUUUCGUCAUAACAAGAGCUGAAAAAUACUGAAGAAAUCUAGUCUACAGAAGAGGAAGACAAAUAAUGGCCACAUAUUUUUGUGCCAAAAAAUAUAAUAGAAAUAAACCACUA